AUGACGUCGUCUGCGACGACCUGGUCAAGAAUGUCGCAGUGGUCCGACGACCCGUACUUGUACGAAGCCGUGGGGGCGCGAAAGCCCCCAGGGCACCCGCGGCGCGGAGCGCGAGCGCCCCCGCGAGGCGCCCUGGCCACCGCCGGCAGUGUCACGGUUUCCGCCCCCGCGGGACGGAGCCCCGAGACCGCCGCGGGCACCUCGGCCGCUGCCAAUGCCGCGGUUUCCGCCCCCGGUCGGCGGAGCCGCAGCACGCCUGCGCUGCGACGCGACACGACAAGGGCGCCGCUGCCAGCGCCUGGGAUGGGCCCGCGCGCCGGGGACCGCCCGCGUCGGCUCGCCGAGCCGCCGCGCCCACGGCCGCCCGCAGCGCCCAGGCCGCGCCCGCCACUGCUGCCACCGCGGCCGCGGCUCCUCGACCUGACGCUGGCAAGCCGUUUCAUGGGCGGCACCGCGCCUGCGGGGGGGGUAACGCCGACGCGCGGCGCCACCGUGACAUAG